CAAUCAUACGAAUCGCGAGAAAUACCAUAAGCAAAAGCGAAGAGAUAUGGCUGGCUUCACGCAAUGGGAGGAGCUCGAGCUCCCCGCGGCGUUUGACGCCCAUGUGCAUCUGCGGGAUGGGGAAAUGUCGAAAUUGGUCACGCCGACGAUUCGUAACGGUGGCGUGGAUACGGUGUAUGUGAUGGUGAGUGUUUUUCGAUAUGUUCCUUCGUUCGCGUCGUUCAGCUUCGAUUGAGGGUGUGUUGAUAUCCCAUCUUGCUCUAUUCGUCUUUCCCGUAUGU